CCACCUCUGGAAGCAGUCCUAUUCAAACAAUCCAUCAAAUACUGCGAGCAUCGAAAUGCUACUCAUGGAUGAACAGUCAAAUAAGAUCCAGGCUACCAUUAAGAGGAAUCUCGUAAGUAUGUUUGAUAUGCUGCUUGAAGAAGGCUCUGUAAAAACAAUAUCAAACUUUGGUGUAACCAACAACAGUGGGAGGUUUCUUCUGAUACAUCACCCAUGCAAAAUCAACUUUUACAGACAUACGUCAGUAAAAGCCUGUGCUGUAACUGAUUUUGUGCCUGACACCCAAAUUUUCUCCUUCAUGUCUUUUAAUGACAUCCUUUCCAGAAAUUUGGACUCCAUUUAUGCUUUCGAUGUCAUUGGCGAGCUAAUACAAUGUGAUGACACAAAUAUACUGAGCUCAAAAAAUGGUGGUGAACAUUGUGUUAAGUCGUUACGAUUGUAA